GGGGACAGCGUGGCUUAUCCAGCGUGGUCCAGGCCAGGUGUCCGGGCCGCGGCCGGCGGGGCCGGGCAGGGGCGCGGGCAGGGAGGCCUGAGCCGGGAGGGGAGCCGCGCGGGGUCCGGGUCCGCAGGGGCGGGGCGGGGCGGGCCGGGGCGUCGCUUCCUCCCCGGGCCCCGCCUCCCCUUGCCGCUGCGACCCGCCCCUGCCGCGGCCCGGGCUGCCCCCGGGAUUCCCCCACCCCACCCCACCCCAGCACCCCGCCCCCCACCCCCCUGCGCUGGCGCGGCGUCCUCGCUGCCACCACCUGGGUCCGACAAGAUGUACCAGGUCCCUCUGCCGCUGGACAGGGAUGGGACCCUGGUACGGCUUCGCUUCACCUUGGUGGCCCUGGUCACGGUCUGCUGUCCACUUGUCGCCUUCCUCUUCUGCAUCCUCUGGUCCCUGCUCUUCCACUUCAAGGAGACUACGGCCACACACUGUGGGGUGCCCAAUUACCUGCCGUCGGUGAGCUCGGCCAUCGGCGGGGAGGUGCCCCAGCGCUACGUGUGGCGCUUCUGCAUCGGCCUGCACUCGGCACCCCGCUUCCUGGUGGCCUUCGCCUACUGGAACCACUACCUCAGCUGUACCUCCCCAUGUCCCGGCUACCGCCAGCUGUGCCGCCUCAACUUCAGCCUCAACGUCUUGGAGAAUGUCGCGCUGCUCGUGCUCACCUACGUCUCCUCCUCCGAGGACUUCACCAUCCAUGAGAACGCUUUCAUUGUAUUCAUUGCCGCCUCCCUUGGCCACAUGCUUCUCACCUGCAUUCUCUGGCGGCUGACCAAGAAGCACACAGUAAGUUACGAGGACCGUAAGUCUUACAACUGGAAACAGCGGCUCUUCAUCAUCAACUUUAUCUCCUUCUUCACGGCGUUGGCUGUCUACUUUCGGCACAACAUGUAUUGUGAGCCCGGAGUGUACACCAUCUUCGCUGUCCUGGAAUACACUGUUGUUCUAACGAACAUGGCGUUUCACAUGACGGCCUGGUGGGACUUCGGGAACAAGGAGCUGCUUAUUACCUCCCAGCCUGAGGAAAAGCGAUUCUAAACCCGUCUCAUCUGCCAAGGAAGAGGAAGAGGAGGAGAAGGAAGUGGAAGAGGAAGGAGGUCCACUGCCCAGAACUAGAAACAAGAGUUCCCUCGGGCCUUCCCUACCCAGAGUCCCUUCUGCGCCCCGUGGGAGCUGGGGGAGGGGACACUGAGCACAAGGCCUGCCCCAGCCCUGCUGGCCGCUCCCUCAGCCUCCUCGUGGGACAGGGGCUUUCAGGCCACAUCCCUGUUCCUGGAGACGCCCCAAGAAGCUGAGCUAGCAGCAGGGCUCCACCCUCUGGUGCUAAAAAAAAAGUCCUGAGGUUCAAACCACCAUCCGGUUCUUGGCCUUAACAUAGCCACCCUCACUGAGGUCAGGGACCACCGAGCAGUGGCCAUCACCUGAAAACCGCAGCCACUUCUCCUCACAGGUCAUUCAUGUGACUGAUAUGCCUCUCGGUCCACUGUGCACGACCAGGCCGAUGGCUGCAGGCCCCACUCAAGCUGCCAAAGGCCCUAGUCCUGACUCUGUCUCUUGAAUUUGUUGUUUCCCCUUCUCUGAGCCCCUGGGUGUCCCUGUGGAUGACACCGGGCAGGCAGGCUCUGGCUUCCAAGGGUUGGAUGUCACCCUGUGUAGGUGGUAUUGUAUACCCACCGGAUGUCCUGCUCAGAAAAAUCACUUGGAGGGGCCAGAGUGAUAGUACAGCAGGGAGAGCAUUUGCCUUGCUCACGGUCAACCCGGGUUCCAUCUCUGGCAUCCCAUAUGGUCCUCCAAGCAC